AUGACUGAUCUGUAUCAACCCAACCCUGCCGUUGCGGCUGCACGUGCGAUUUUGCUCUCACAACGCCGCCACCGCAACACUAAGGAAGGGAAACCUCUCACCGUGAGAGAAGCUGCGGAUAGAUUCAGCGCCUCCAAGAGCACUGUUGGCCGUCAUCUGAAGUCAAUGAAGCUGUACGGAAAACCUGACUUCAGUGAUAACAGCCGCGGCCGGCCGAGGAAUCUCGGUGAGGCUGAGGAGCGUGCCGUGAUCGCGUAUAUCGUUUGGCUCGAGAGAGCAGGUUUUCCUUGUAAUCAGCUACUUAUUGAAGAGGCAGCAAAUGAUUUGAGGGCAUCACGAACGCCUCCAGCAGGGCCUGUCGGCGAUGGAUGCCAGCAAUCGGAUGAUCUGGACGUAAGCCAAAAGUCCAAGUGCCUGUCAUCUCAACCUCGCACCGUCUCCACAACCUCCUCUACCAAGCCCAGAACAUUAUGGGUCUUCUCUCAUAUGCCAGACGAGGAGGUAGAGACGAGAUACUACAAUCAGCGGACCGGAAAGGAAGAGUGGUUCUGUAAACAUUGCGACAAAACCUAUGCCUCUUCAGGGGGUACUGCAGCUCCUGCAAAACAUCUCAUGGACCCUCCUCCUGACGGUCACGGCCUGCCAAAAGGAGCCCCGCGAACAGCGAAAGUUACAACUAUACGAACUAUUAUCGAACAAGCUCGUGUUGCGGCAGAAGAAAAUCCCCGAAAACGCCGUCGACUCAACGAUCAAUCCGUGAGACUCGAUCGAACCUGA